AUGGCAGCCUCGAGGCUGGUGUUGUUGCUGCUGGUCGCAGCUCUCCUGCCGUACGUGGCCACCACGCUGAAGAUCGGCGCCUUCAACAUCAAAGCGUUUGGGGACGCCAAGAUGUCCAACCAGACCAUCGCAAAUAUCAUCGUCUCUAUCCUGUCGGAGUAUGACAUCAUUCUGGUGCAGGAGGUCCGGGAUGCUGACCUGAGUUCUGUGAAUGACCUCAUGGACCAGCUCAACAGUGCUGGGGAGCAUCCAUACAGCUUUUUGGUCAGCGUCCCCCUGGGUCGGACCAGCUACAAGGAGCAGUACCUCUUCAUCUACAGGUCAGACCUGGUCUCUGUACUGGGAAGCUACUACUAUGAUGAUGGCUGUGAACCCUGUGGGAAUGACACCUUCAGCAGAGAGCCCUUCAUUGUGAAGUUCUCCUCACCCACCACACAGGUACAGGAGUUCGUGUUGGUGCCUCUGCAUUCUGAGCCCAGCCAUGCAGCACAGGAGAUCGAUGCACUCUACGAUGUCUACACUGAUGUCAUCAACAAGUGGGGGACUAAUGUAAGCAGCAUCGGGCAACUUGGCUCCUCCGCAGGGCGGCCAGGUGGGCAGGACAUAAUCUUCCUGGGUGAUUUCAACGCUGACUGCUCCUACGUGACCAGCUCCCAGUGGCCGUCCAUCCGCCUGCGCUCCCUCCGCGCCUGCGAGUGGCUCAUCCCUGACAGUGCCGACACCACCGUGGCCGACACCACCAACUGUGCCUAUGACCGCAUCGUCGCCUGUGGCACCGCUCUGCGCCAAGACAUCGAACCUGGAUCUGCCACCGUCAACAACUUCGAGAAGAAAUUCCACCUCCAGAUCAAGGAUGCUUUGGCUGUCAGUGACCAUUUCCCUGUGGAGGUGACCCUGAAAGGCACUGACAGCGAGGGUGCGGGGAGGACCAUCAAUCCUGGAAGAAUGGGGACUGUGACACUGGAAGUGUCCCUGCUGGCUGUGGCUCUCCUGUGCCCAGCCACUGCCAUGCUGCGCAUCGGUGCCUUCAACAUCCAGGCCUUUGGUGACACCAAGAUGUCCAACAAGGAAGUCGCAGAGAUCAUCAUCAAUGUCCUGCGCCGCUACGACGUGGUGCUAGUGCAGGAGGUGCGCGACUCUGACCUCAGUGCUGUCACCGAGCUCAUGGAGCAGCUCAACAGUGCAUCCACAUCCCCGUAUGACUAUGAGAUCAGUGGUCCCCUGGGACGGGAGAACUACAAAGAGAUGUACCUGUUUAUCUACAGAACAGACGUUGUGUCUGUGGUGGACACUUACCAAUAUAAAGACCCCCAGGAUGUCUUCAGCCGGGAGCCAUUCAUCCUGAGGGUCUCAGCACCCAGCACCAAGGUGAAGGAGUUUGUGCUGGUGCCCCUGCACUCGGCCCCGCACGAUGCUGUUGCUGAGAUUGAUGCACUCUAUGAUGUCUACCUGGCCAUUAUCAACAAGUGGGGGACUGAUAAUAUGAUGUUCCUGGGGGACUUCAAUGCUGACUGCUCCUACGUCCAGCCAAGCGACUGGUCAUCCAUCCGCCUGCACACCAGUGACAUCUUCAAGUGGCUGAUCCCCGACAGCGCUGACACCACUGUGGGCAAGUCAGACUGUGCCUACGACAGGAUCGUGGUGUGUGGCAACAAGCUGAAGAGAAGCAUCGUGUCCAACUCAGCUGGUAUCUACAAUUUCCAGCGCGCUUUCCAGUUGGAUCAGGAGGAGGCCCUGGCAGUCAGUGACCACUACCCAGUCGAGGUGAAGCUGGCCGCCUGA